CGGCUCUUUCAAUUCCUUCACUCGCACACCCAAUGCCUUUCGUCAAUGGCUUCCGAUUCUCCCACCCAUAUCCACCAAACUAUCGACUCUUCCCUCUCCUUCGUCACUGCCAUUGAAUUGUUUUCACGGCAUUCACAUCUGCCUCUUCUUCCGCCGCCGCUCCCAUUCCGGCCCCCUCCUUUUCCGUCCGAUUUUCCCCAAUCCAAACUGAUCCCUAAAUCCCGCUUCGUCGUCGACGCUUUCGGUCUCGCCGGCGAUUACUCUGUUUCCUAUUUCCUCUCUCAUUUUCACUCCGAUCACUAUGGCGGUCUCUCCAUCAGUUGGUGCAAGGGUAUCAUCUUCUGCUCUGACACCACUGCCCGCCUUCUCCUCGAGGUUCUCAAAGUCCCUUCGCCGUUUGUCCGGCCAUUGCCGCUCCGCGAGCCCGUCGCAAUUGAUGGCUGUGAGGUAAUACUAAUUGAUGCGAAUCAUUGUCCCGGUGCGGUGCAGUUCUUGUUUAAGAUUCCGGGUGGGGAUGGAAAAUUGGAGAGAUAUGUUCAUACGGGUGAUUUUCGGUUUUGUGAUUCUAUGAGAGUCGACCCUAUUUUGGAGGAAUUUAUUGGCUCAGAUGCUAUUUUCUUGGACACUACUUACUGUAACCCGAAGUUUAUUUUUCCUACCCAGGAGGAGUCUAUUGAAUAUAUAGUGAACAUCAUACAAAAAAUUGGAGGUGCAAGUAAGGGUUCUAUGGGGAAUGUUCUUUUCCUUGUAGCAACUUACGUAAUAGGAAAAGAAAAAAUUUUGCUUGAAAUUGCAAGUAGAUGUAAUCGUAAGAUAAUGGUGGAUGCUAGAAAAAUGACAGUUUUACGGGUUUUGGGACAUGGUGAGAGUGGGGUAUUUACAGAGCUUGAAAGUGAAAGUGACGUUCACGUUGUUGGAUGGAAUAUUUUGGGUGAUACUUGGCCUUAUUUUAGACCUAAUUUUGUUAAAAUGAAUGAUAUAAUGGUGGAAAAGGGGUAUUCUAAAGUUGUUGGUUUUGUUCCGACAGGGUGGACUUAUGAGGUCAAACGUAACAAGUUCUCAGUAAGGUCCAAGGAUUCACUUGAAAUUCAUCUCGUGCCAUACAGUGAACAUUCAAACUACAAUGAACUCAGGGAAUAUGUGAAGUUUUUAAGACCGAGAAGGGUUGUUCCCACCGUAGGCUCGGAUGUCGAUAAACUUGACAGCAAGCAUACUAAUAAAAUUAAGAAGCAUUUUGCUGGUUUAGUUGAUGAAAUGGCCAACAGAAAAGAAUUUCUAAAAGGCUUUCAUCGUGGAUCCAGUGAAAUGAGUGAUGAUGUUUAUGAUAAUGAUGCAAAGGCUGUAAAUGAGUUCCGAGACUUGGAAGAGAAGGAAAUUUCAUCAUGUAUGAAGAUGAGCGUCAAAACCGAAGCAUGCAGUAGUGGUAUGGGGUUCUCUUCUCUAAAAGAAGUUGGUUCUACAGAUCUAAAUGAUGAGGAUAAAAGAAAAAUUAUUCAGGAACUUCGCGAGUGCUUACCUGCAUGGGUCACUCAGGAUCAGAUGUUAGACCUGAUUAGCAGCUCAGGGAGAAAUCUUGUUGAUGCAGUUUCUAAUUUCUAUGAACGAGAAACUGAAUUUUGUGAACAUAUUACUACUCUCACGGAGAAUCUUCCCAAGUUCCAGAGCAAAGUACUUGAUGUCCCAUUUACGUUUCAUACAACAGAUAUAAAAAAGAAGAUUGUUUUGGGAAAGUUUGAAAUUUCUUCAAGCCAAGAUUCAAAGGCAUCCAGUCCAAGGUGCAUGGCCAAGAGUAAUGCUUCUCCUGGAAAAAGGAAGAGAAACAUUCAGGAGAAGCCACAAAAUAGGUCAAAAAAGAAUUCAAGUUUGCAAUCUAGUGGGUCAAAAAAGAAAUCAAGCUUGCAAUCUAGUGGGUCAAAAAAGAUUUUAAGUUUGCAAUCUGGUGGGUCAAAGCAAUCUACAAUAACAAAGUUCUUCAGGAAAGCUUCACAUUUGUCGGAAGGUGAUAAAAUGGAAUCUACAGUGGAGCAAAGUUGUCAAGAUCAAAGUACGUCAUAUGAUAUUAACAAAGAUACAAACAAGAUAGACAGGUUUAUUCAGAUAAUAAAUGGUGAUGAGUCAUUAAAACAACUUGUUACAUCAUUAUUAGUGGAAACAAAUGGAGACAUUAAUAUGGCGCUAGAUUUGUACUAUGCUAACCCUCAGGAGAGGCUUGGUCAGAAUGAAAAGGGUCACAUCUUCAGUGGGAACCCAAUCCAAAUUGAAAGCAAUUUGGAUGAAUGCUUAUCUACGCAAAAGGAAAAGAUGGCAGAAAAUUUUGGACUCGAGACUGAUUUUUCUAAGCUGUCAAGUUCAACGAAGAAGAUAAAUGAACCUCUUGUAUCCUUACCACCCGAAAAGUAUGACCCGGUUGAGCAUGCAUGUUGGCGGUGUGGACAGCCUGCCCCAUAUAUACAUCUUGUACGAACCUUUGAUCUUCUUGAAGAGGAAAAAGGCAAGAUAAAAGCUACAUCUAUGCUCUGCAAUAUGUUCAGAAGUUUAUUGGUUUUGUCUGCUGAGGAUGUGCUGCCUGCAGUGUAUCUGUGCACUAAUAAAAUUGCUGCUGACCAUGAAAACAUGGAACUAAAUAUUGGUGGGAGUCUGGUCACAGCAGCAUUGGAAGAGGCAUGUGGGGUUAGCCGAUCCAAGAUAACGGAAAUGUACAAUGAAUUAGGCGAUCUAGGAGAUGUUGCUCUUGCAUGUCGCCAAACACAAAGAUUAUUGGCACCUCCAUCACCCCUCCUGAUUAAGGAUGUAUUUUCCACUCUUCGAAAAAUUAGUGUACAAACAGGUAGUGGAAGUACUGCACGUAAGAAAAGCCUCAUUAUGAAUCUCAUGCGUUCUUGCAGAGAAAAGGAAAUGAAAUUUCUUGUAAGAACCUUGGUUCGUAACUUACGAAUAGGAGCCAUGUUGAAAACUGUUCUUCAUGCUCUGGCCCAAGCUGUUUUCAUAAGUUCCUCCCUCAACAUGUACAAGGAAGGAAUGGUAGCAAAUUUGAAGGAGAAGCUUCAGUACUUUUCAGCUGCUGUACUUGACGCAUACAAUGUGCUUCCUAAUUUUGAUCUGAUUGUUCCUUCUCUUAUGGGAAAAGGGAUUGAAUUCUCUUCAUCGUCUUUAUCAAUGGUUCCAGGAAUACCCAUUAAGCCAAUGCUUGCAAAAAUUACCAAUGGUAUUCCUCAAGCAUUGAAAAUCUUUGAGAAUAAAGCUUUUACAUGUGAAUACAAAUAUGAUGGUCAGCGUGCCCAAAUUCACAAAUUGGCUGAUGGUUCUGUGCGAGUUUUCUCUCGAAACAGUGAUGAUACAACAUCAAAAUUUCCAGAUUUGAUCAAUAUAAUUAACGAACUAUGUAAGCCUGCUGCCUCAACUUUCAUACUGGAUGCUGAGGUUGUUGCAGUUGAUAGGAGAAAUAAUUGCAGACUGAUGUCUUUCCAAGAAUUAUCAUCACGCGGGAGAGGGAGCAAAGGGUUGCUGAUUGCAGUUGAUAGCAUAAAGGUUGAUAUUUGCAUUUUUGUCUUUGACAUAAUGCUUGCCAAUGGGGAGCAGCUGCUGGGGUUACCUCUCCGGCAUAGACGAAAAUACUUGAAGGAUUUGUUUCGUGAUGAGAGGCCUGGAUAUUUUGAAUAUGCGAAGGAAAUCACAAUCGAAAAGGAUGAUGCCUGCUUAAACUGUGAAUCCACUUUGAUUAAAGUAAGUUCUUUCCUUGGAGAUGCACUCCAAUCAUCGUGUGAAGGAAUUAUGGUCAAAUCUUUAGAUGUGGAUGCUGGAUAUUCUCCCUCAAAGCGUAAUGAUACAUGGUUAAAGGUAAAGCGGGAUUAUGUUGAAGGMUUGAAUGAUUCUCUUGAUUUAGUCCCUAUCGGUGCUUGGCAUGGAAAUGGAAGAAAAGCCGGAUGGUUCAGCCCUUUCCUCAUGGCCUGUUACAAUCCUGACAAUGAGGAAUUUCAAAGCGUAUGUCGUGUUAUGUCGGGGUUCUCUGAUGCAUUUUACAUUGAGAUGAAAGAAUUUUUCUCUGGCGAUAAGAUUUUGUGUAAAAAGCCACCUUACUAUCGAACUGCUGAGGCCCCUGAUAUGUGGUUCUUGCCAGAAGUUGUUUGGGAAAUAAGAGGUGCAGACUUAACAGUGUCACCAGUUCACCAGGCUGCUGUAGGUUUAGUUCAUCCUUCUCGGGGCAUCUCAAUCAGGUUUCCGAGAUUUAUUCGUUCAGUUCGAGAUAGAAAUCCAGAAGAAUGUAGCACGGCUACAGAUAUAGUUGGCAUGUUUAAUUCUCAGACAAGGAAGAUGGAUGUUGUUGCAUCAGGAGAUUGAGUUUAGUUCAUCAGUUAUUUUGGUAGGCUUCUUCUUGUCUCUACUAUUACGUGUAGAUAUCGAUUAUAUAUCUGGUGUCAAACUUUGGCUUGUAAAUUUUAGAAAGAUGGGUUUAGAUAGUCUUUCCUCUGUAAAUCAAUUAACAUAGAGGGUUUACCUCGAAGUAACUUCCAAUAUCAUACCUUUUGUCUCUCA